CUUCCGGUUCCGCCGGGACCCAGAAGCCAGGCUGACAAAUGGCGGCGUCCACGAAACAGGCCACCGGGGGCGUUGAAGAGGCCGCGGCGGAAGAGGAACCGCGAAUUCUGGAACCCGGGGCCGCCCCGUUUGGAAAUUUCCCUCAGUAUUCCCGCUUCCAUCCUCCAGAACAGCGGCUCCGCCUCUUGCCCCCGGAGCUGCUUCGCCGGCUUUUCCCUCAGAGUCCCGAAUCGAGGCCGAUCCUGGGGCUCGACGUAGGGUGUAACUCUGGGGAUCUGAGUGUGGCUCUAUACAAACACUUCCUUUCCUUACGUGAUGGGGAGACCUGCUCAGAUGCCUCAGGAGAACUCCAUCUACUCUGCUGCGACAUAGAUCCAGUCCUGGUGGAACGAGCUGAAAAAGAAUGUCCUUUUCCUGAUGCCCUGACCUUUAUCACCCUGGACUUUAUGAAUCAAAGAACCCGGAAAGUUCUCUUGAGCUCUUUCUUAAACCAGUUUGGACGGUCAGUUUUUGACAUUGGCUUCUGCAUGUCAGUAACCAUGUGGAUUCAUCUGAACCAUGGGGACCGUGGUCUGUGGGAGUUCCUAGCCCACCUUUCCUCCCUCUGCCGCUACCUCCUUGUGGAGCCUCAGCCCUGGAAGUGUUACCGGGCAGCUGCAAGGCGUCUCCGGAAGCUGGGCCUCCAUGAUUUUGACCACUUCCGUUCCCUUGCCAUCCGAGGUGAUAUGGCCAAUCAGAUUGUGCAGAUCUUGACCCAGGACCAUGGCAUGGAAUUAGUAUGCUGCUUUGGCAACACCAGCUGGGACCGAAGCCUUCUGCUCUUCAGGGCAAAACAAGCCACAGAGACUCAUCCAAUUCCUGAAUCACUGGUAGAGGAAGGGAAAGAAAAGAACAGAUUAAGAUCCUGGAGACAGUGAAAUGGGAGGGUGGGAGGCCAGGAAAGAGAUAUUGAAAGAGUGUUUAACAAAGAAUUAAGUUCACUGUCCUUAAUUCGUGAUUGUAAGGCAGCCUCAAAACCUGGCAGAAACUUCUGGCAAAAUGUCCAAGACAUGCAAUUGAAAGAAUCAGUAUCUAUUCCCCACUGUUUGAGUUGAUUCUGGAAGAAGAGACUGUAUCUGUGGAGCAAUGAGCUGGGCUCUCCGGAUUGAGAUGGCAUAGAAAAAGUGAUCUUGGUUCUAGGAUAUGGAGGGGGCUGCUUCUAGUGGUUAGAGACUUAGCCCAGGCUAGCCUUAGAAUGUAUCUGUUCCAUGGGCAAUUUGAAUCUGAUCUGGCUUCUUCAGGCUUUUGCUGGACUUCCUUAUCCUGCCUUCAGGCAGCACCUCACAAUACAAUCUGGAAUGAAGAGUCACUGGCUUGGCUAAAGGAGAGAAUUAGUAUGAAAAACAUCUUAUCUUUCCAGAACAGGCCAUGUAUCCAACAUGCCCAGGCUCAGCACAGCAUGUAACAGAUACUAGCCAAAAUGCGCUGGCUAGCAUUUAUAAGAUGUUUAAAAGAUUUAAAUUAUGACCCAAUAUCCAGCUGGUACAAAUACAAUGAAUGAAGUGGGACUGUAUAAUUAUAUAUAAUAAAAGUGACUUGAGUAUGA